UCUAAACUCCACAGACUCACACAGACACUGGUGAAAAUACCACGUUAGAAACGGUUGCAGUAGGAAACUACAGUGUCACAGGUAGCAUAUCAUUUAUUAUAUGAAUGUAAAGCUAUGAUGAAGAAAGUAGUGUUGAUAACCGGGGCAAACAGUGGUAUUGGUCUUGCCCUGUGUGAGCGUCUACUAAGCCAGGAUGCCCAUCUGCAGCUCUGUCUGGCCUGCAGGAAUAUGCAGAGAGCUGAGGCUGCCCGACAGGCUCUUCUAGUGUCUCACCCUCAAGCUCAAGUUACUCUGCUGCACUUAGAUGUGGGCAACAUGCGCUCUGUGCUCAGGGCUGCUGAAGAAUUCAAGCAGAAGUAUAACAGAUUGGAUUAUCUGUAUCUGAAUGCUGGAAUCAUGCCCAAUCCCAGGGUAGAUCACAAAGCUUUUUAUAAAGGCCUGUUUUCUAGUAAUGUGGUUCACAUGUUUGCCACGGGGGAGGGUCUUCUGACCCAAGAAGAUAAGGUCACACCCAGUGGUUUGCAGGAGGUGUUUGCCACUAAUCUUUUUGGUCAUUUCCUUCUGGUGAAGGAACUGGAGCCCUUAUUGUGUCAGAUGGACCACAAUUCUCUAGUGAUCUGGACAUCCUCCAGUAAUGCCCGGCGAUCCGCUUUUAGUCUAGAUGACAUACAGCAUCAGAAAGGCCGUGAGCCCUACAGCUCCUCCAAAUAUGCAUCUGAUCUACUUAGCUUAGCCCUAAACCGACACUACAACAACCAGGGUUUGUACUCAACAGUGAUCUGUCCUGGUCUAGUCAUGACUAACCUCACCUAUGGCAUUCUACCAUCAUUCUUCUGGACUAUUAUCAUGCCAAUAAUGUGGCUUAUAAGGAUAUUCACCAACACUUUCACCCUAUCACCUUACAAUGGAGCAGAGGCUUUGUUUUGGCUGUUCAUGCAGAAACCUGAGUCACUGGACCCGAUGGCCAAAUACCACAGUUUGACCUCUGGGCUUGGAAACAACUACACCCAGCCACACAAGAUGGAUAUUGAUGAAAACAUUUCAGAGGCCCUCUAUGUCAAGUUAUUAGAACUUGAAGAUGCAGUGCGGAAGAAACUGAGAGACGAGGAUAUAGAUAUCAAAGCAAAAAGCUAAAUAUGGACACAAACUCAUGCAUUCUAUCGCCUUAUAACAUUUCCACCUUAGGAAUGGAUAAACACGUCAUGAGUAUUUAUUUUACUUGAAGAUCUUUAGAAACACUUUAUAUGAAAUUAUUAUGAUAAUCUAGCAUGGCUAUGGUCAUGUUCUUUACAUAUGAUUUUAUGCAUUUGGCAGAUUAUCUAAAGCGACUUACAUUGCAUUCAAGGAAUCAAACCUUGGCAUUGCUAGCCCUAUACUCUAAUGUUUGAGCUACUUACAAUUAUUGUGCAAUUUAUAUUGGUUUUGCUGCAGUGCAUUCCAAGGUGAAUGAUGUUUACCAUAGUAAUUACUGUGAACGGUCAGCAGUCUCUGACUCUGAUGAAAAUGGGACCACAAAUCUGUCAUGUAUUUUUAGCUGUUUUUCAUGCCCCCAAAGGGGCUUCUUCCAAAAUAUUUUGAAUAAUAAGAAAAACUAGUAUGGUGUCACUGCUGAGAGAACUGGGCUGUGAAGAGGGACACUGAAUCUGUGCUUUCCAGUGAAUAAAAGUUUGUGUGGAACUGUAUGCGUACGACUAAAAAGUAUAAACUGUUAAUUGUUUGUUUUAAGAUUUCAAUUUAACUUUACUUUAACAGUCUUUUACAGAUCUGAUCAUCCUUCUACAAAAAUAAAAACUUAAAAAUUGUCAUUCAGCUAAUACACUCACAGUACAUACGUGACCCUGGACUACAAAAACAGUCCUAAGUAGCAUGGGUAUAUUUGUAGCAAUAGCCAAAAAUACAUUGAAUGGGUCAAAAUUAUAGAUUUUUUUUUUUAAUGGCAAAAAUCAAUAGGAUAUUAAGUAAAGAUCAUGUUCCAUGAAGAUAUUUUGUAAAUUUCCUACAAUAAAUAUAUCCAAACUUAAUUUUUGAUAAGUAAUAUGCAUUGCUAAGAAUUUCAUCUGGACAAGUUUAAAGGUAAUUUUCAAUUUUUUGUACGUUUUUUUUUUUUUUGCACCCUCAGAUUCCAGACUUUUUUAAAUUCCAGAUUUGUGUCCUAUCCUAACAAAAUAUACAUCAAUGGAAAGCUUAUUUAUUCGGUUUUCAGAUGAUGUAUGAAUCUCAAUUUCUCACAGUUGACCUUUAUGACUGGUUUUAUGGUCCAGAGUAACAUAUGUGACACAGAUGCACAGA